AUGAAAGUAAUAGCAUUAAUAAGUGGUGGCAAAGAUGGAACAUUUAACAUGAUGGAAUGUGUAAAAAAUGAUCAUGAAAUAGUAGCAUUAUUAUGUUUAAAGCCGAAGCAACUAGAAAGUGUUACAAUCCAAAUGAAAAAUGAGGAAAUUCCAGAACUAGAAUCGUACAUGUAUCAAUCGAUCGGUAAUCGAAUGCUCGACUUAUAUGCCGAAGCCAUGGAACUACCUUUGUAUAUCCGUUCGAUAACAAUUAAACCAAUAAAUAUGAGUUCAGCUGCAGAACCCCAUGCUGAGAUAAAUCAAAUUGAUGAUUUAUAUGAAAUUUUAAAAGAUAUCAAACAAGAUUUAGAGAAAAAGAAUGGUUAUGUCAUUGAUGGUCUUUCCUGUGGUGUCAUUGAACGAUUUGAUAUGUAUCAUAAAAAUCAUGUCGAUAGUAUAUGUGAACGAUUAAACAUAAAACCAUUAGUAUACUUAUGGCAACGUAACCAAUCUGAAAUACUAAAUGACAUGGUCUCGUCUCAUCUGGAAGCAAUUCUAAUAAAAGUUGCAUGUCGUGGUCUAAAUCCAGAAGAACAUCUUGGGAAGACACUUGCAGAAGUACGUCCGUCCUUAAUUGAGUUGGAAAAAUACGGUGCCAGCGUAUGUGGUGAAGAUGGUGAAUACGAAUCGCUGACACUCGACUGUCCAUUGUUUAAACGAAAGAGGAUUAUAAUCGAUGAGUUUGAAAUAAAAACCUUUUCAAAUGAUACUGUGGACAAAAUUGGCUACUUUUUAUUCAAAAAAUUUCAUUUGCAAGACAAAUAA